UUUAAUGUUGCUUCUAACAGUUUUUGUCAGAACGUUGAAGAAAUGUGUUCUUGGAGAAUAGUCACUCUGAUAUUAUGCUGGGGCAUUGUCUUAAUGUCUUCGAAGCCACUUAAGGACUCACAGAAAACCGGGAAAUUAAGCCAUUUGAAUAGAACUGAAAUUGAUAGAAUAUUGAAGGAGCUAAAGUUUCUAGAGAAAAUGGCAAAUGAAACAUUGCAUAACAACGCAACUUAUCUCAGCUCAAGUCCAACUCUCAAGGAUACAGAUGAUGAUGAAACUAAAGACCCAACUACUGAUGAAGAAAGUCUAGACCCAACUUCGGAGGAUGAACACGAUCCUUCUAAACUAAAUCCUGAAGAGGGAGAGUUUUUUGAAGAGGAAGUCGAUGAGGAGGUAGAUGAAGCUACUCUGGAUGCACCCACAGAACAUAUUCCCACCAUGUUUCUCAAAUAUCCUUAUCAGGAACCGGACUUUAAGCCAUAUCCUAGAUUCGCUAUCCUUCGAAACGGCUAUGUACAUCACAUGAACAAGAUCUAUUAGUGCCAUUAGUCACAAAAUAAAAUAUUACGUGUACUUAAAGAUAAAGUGAGUCUAUUUCAUCAGAUGGGGAAAUUCCGA